UUUUAUUAAAUGCAUUGACUUAACGGAUAGGCACAUAUAUGUAUAAGUAAAAUAUGGUCGAUUUGAACACUAUCAUUUUGGACUUACAUAUUCACUUGAUACGAUUAUAUACUCUUCAAUGCAUGAAUAGUUGCUAGUAGAACUGUAUACUUCACUGUUUAUUCGGUUUAUAACUGUUUGUUAAUCCACACAUUAGGUGAGAUAUCUAACAAUUGGCUAAGUAGUACACAUACGCCGACGCAGUCCCCGGCGAGGUCUCCAGUUCUACCGACAUGUUUUUCUCCACCCGAGAAGACUGUGAAAUCGCUUGCUGAGCCUCUAUUGCGAGCUGCAAAGAUCAAGUGGACUAGAACAAUGGAUCAGAUAUUGUUCAAUACGUUGUUGGAGCAAAUCGCUUUGGGUCAACAGGCAGAUAAUGGAUUUAAGAGAGAAGCAUAUUAUGCGGCCGCUGAGGAGGUGUCUAGGAGGACUGAAAUAUCGGUAAACUGGCAAAACGUCCAAAACCGAUUGCGGUAUCAUAAGCAAGAGUACAACGAUGUGAAGGACAUGUUAGCCGCAAGUGGUUUUGGGUGGGAUAGCGAGCGUAUGGUUGUCACAGACCCAGACGAGGUAUGGGAAGAGUACCUCAAGACCCAUCCGAGAGCAGAAAAACUACGUGGGAAGCGGAUAGAACAAUUGGACGAUUUAGCAACGAUUGUAGGUACAGACCAUGUAACAGGCUGCUACGCCCAAGGAAGUAGGAACAUGGCCGCAGCUUCAUCUCGUGUUCAACGAUAAAUAAAGCAUGGACUGACCUGGACGAUGACACAGAUGCACAUAUCGAUAUUUCCGAGGAUAAUCUCGGGGAUUUAGCUGGGAAUUUUCGAGUUUCGAAUGAAAGCCAUAAAGAAUCUGAAAAUCGCUCAUUCUGCAACACUCUCAGUCGAGGAACCGAAUGUGGGAGUAGUCGUGGUGGGAGUACGACAACGAAACGGAUGCGUACUACUCAUCCCUGUGACGUCCUCGGGGUAUCUCUGGAUGGGGUGGCAGAGGCAAUGCAAAAAAUUUGGACUUGGUAAAGAGGUCAACCGUACUACUAAAGUACUAGAUCUCCUCGAGGAGGUUCAGGGACUGACCAACCCAGAGUUCAUCGAGGUUGGUCAGCUGCUGACCAGGGAUGAGAAGCUAGCCUCCUUUUUCGUAAAUCUUCGACCAGAGCGGAGGGUCGAUUGGUUGAAGAAAACUUUAUCUGAUUUCAAUAGAAAUGUUGGUGGGGGUUCUGCUUGAUGGUUGCAACAACAUUAAUUAGAUUUCAGUUUGGAUAAUUUCAAUAUCAGGAUACGUAAUAACUAUAUACACAUUCUACACUUAUUUUUUUGGUAACCGUCUGUUUUUAGGGUUUUUGGAUAUUUACCACAUGCAUGAUAUUCUGUUAUGUGUGAAACUAAUCUUCCAUUUUCAGUACUAUUCACUUUACAUGUUUUCA